AUGUCGAAUCGGGAGAGGUUGGAUCUCCGGAUCAAAUUUUUGGCCAAGAUCUUGAAAGAUGAAGCACAGAGGUUGUUGGCAGGGUUGGAGACACCUCCGGCCUUUAGGCUGGUCGAUCGGAUGAUCCUUGGUCAAGCCGUCUUCCUUCGCUACCGGACGGGCACCGACAAUGACUUUGGCGACUCGAACAUAGCUAUCGAUGCCUUAAAGUCUGCUCUCACGUGCAUUCCUAUUCCAAACUCCAACAAAAACGAUUCCCUUGCAGCAUUUGUGCACUUUAAACUUGGUAAUGUAUAUCUCGAGCGGUUACUACGAACAGGUAGACGCCGUGAUGCAGACGAUGCCGAAACACAUUUUAAACAAGCAGUGGGGCAUAAGCGCAGCCAUUUCAGGGUCAUUGCGAACCUGGCAUGGAUUUGUCGAUAUAGGUAUGAAAUGACAGGUACAAAAAGAUUUCUGGAAGAUGGGUUGCAGCUAGUGGAAAAUGCCAUUGUUCAGGCUCCGUCGGACCAUUCAGCCCUGCCUUUUCUACUCGAAGCGUGCGGGUUGAUUUUACUGUCAAGAUCCGAGCUAGAUGGCGCAACUCAAGAUCUGGAUCUGGCUAUUGAGCUACUUCGCACCUCGGCCAACCUCUCAAGCAAAAAGAGGAAUGACCUCGUGAGAUUUCAUUUGAAUCUCAGUCAAGCUUUGUGUAAACGUUUUACCAUAUCCGAACAAAAGCCUGAUUUCGACCAAGCUGUCUCGGAGCUCGAGACAGUCAUCGCGGUCCCUGACAAGCUUCCUCGGGAUAUUGCUCUUUGUUAUGCUUUUCGAGGAUCAUUACUUUUGAUCCAAUUUUCCUACUGGAAGGACAAGAAGGAUCUCGAAGAAGGCUUGCGAUCUGGUGUUGAACUUGUUCGCGCUCUCAUGAAGCACGGCCACGUUCCUACCAUAAAUGACAUGUUUGUGACGAUCGGGGAGGUCAUGAGGAUCCGAUAUUUUAAGCUUGGCCAUAGUGACAACCUUUCUGAAGCGUAUGCUUGCAUUAAAAAAGGUUGCAACAAUACACAGCUGCGCUCUUCAGACUGGCGAAGCCGACGUGUUGAAACAUAUGCAUUGUAUUUACUUGGGAUGGUACAGCGGAAUCGAUAUAACAAGUUUGGGAGCCCGGCUUUUCUUGAAGAAUCCAUUUCAGCCUUUCGCCUAUCAGCUGCAAUCACCAACCCACAUCAUGCGAGCUUUGCAGUGCGGGCUUCUGAAUUAUGUGAUGUUCUUCGAAAGAGAUACGAGGCGACCCACGCAAGCCCAGCACAAAGGAAAGCCGAUCUCGAAGAGGCGUCAGCAUGGCUUGUUCGAGCUCUGCGAGCGCCCAUGCCCCCGUCACCCAGGGACCGGGCCAGGUUCGCCAUUGAGAUUGGACACUAUAUUUGGGAGGCACAGAAAGCAGGGCGAAACAUUUCUGCCGUCGACAACGCGCUCCACAACUAUGAGAAAGCAGUUGAAUUUGCUACGACGGAGUUCGACACUCAGAUCGAUGCCUGGCACAAUCUAGCAAAGGCAUAUAUUAUGAAGGGAGAUCUCUUACACGAUAUGAAAGCCUACGAAGCGGCCUCCGACCAGGUGAAACUGAUUGAGGAAAGCAUGGACAAGAUGAAGGAAAAAGCUACUGGCAUCAUGCCAACACAGGCUCGACUUUAUACUGCGCAGUAUAAGCUUUCAGGCGAAAAGCGUCAUGGAGAACAAGCUAUCGAAGUGAACUACAAAAUCUUCAAUAAUUCAAGAUAUGACCUGCGCGUCAAGGUACAAGCUGCCUUGGAGAACGGUAAUUUAGAGCGCCAAGUGAAUUCAGACACGAAGGCUUGCGCAGAGGCAAUAGCAACUGCAAUGGAUUUGAUGCUUAGGUAUACUUCAGAAGGCUACAGCCGCUCAGAUCAGCUGAGCGUCAUCCGAGAGUAUUCAAAACUUCCCAACCUUGCUGCGCUCGCAGCUGUCCUCGCGGGAGGCGACGUUCUCCAAAUAGUACAGAUUUUUGAGAAAGGCAGAAGUAUUAUCUGGGAUAGAUUGCUCUCCUGGAGAAGCCCAGUUAAUGAGCUUCGUGAAAAGCAACAAGAUCUCGCGGACCGACUUGUCGAAAUUCGGAACAAGCUCUUGCGCAAAGAAGAACGCCAUCGAAUCUUCAAUGAUGUCGAGUUAGAUCGAUUCCAACUCGCCACUGAGUACGACGAAAUUAUGAUAAAAAUUCGAUCGCAGGAAGAAUUCAAGGACUUUUUACUGCCGCCGAAGACUGUUGAAAAGCUCAAUGCGCACGCAGUCGACGGACCAGUUGUUAUUAUUGUUCCCGGUGCUGUAGCUGUGGCGUUGAUCAUAACUUCCGCCAAAUCUUUUACUCUAAAUCUGCCCAAAUUCGGCGACGACCAGUGCAACAAAGCUUUUGAAUCUAUACAGAAAGCUCUCUCAACUAGUGAUUCUGGAAUGAUGCAUGAUUUAUUGAGAUGGCUCUGGAUUUCUGCCGCUCUGCCCGUUCUUGAAAGCCUGGGCUUCCAUGGGCGUCGAACCCCGGACGAGCAGCUACCGCGGCUUUGGUGGAUCACUAGCGGCUUCGUCAACCUCCUUCCACUACACGCAGCGGGCGAUCACGAAAAGGCAGCAGAGAUAGGAGAGCCAUGUACUCUUCUCGACCGAGCCAUCUGUUCUUACAGCCCAACGCUCAAAGCAUUGUCUUAUGCGAAAACUCGAAUGCGAGAUCUCGUAUCCAGGAGCAGGAAAAAUAAUGCCAAUCGAUCGGUAUUACUAGCAGCAAUGGAAACAACGAUGGAGAGGAAACCCUUGCCGAACACUCCAAAGGAAGUGGAUGCUGUUGCUUCUAUUCUGGGAGCCCAAUUCUCAAUCAGGAAAUACAUCAAGCCGCUUCCCACCAAGAGAGACGUUGUCCUUGGGCUGAGACAGUGUACGAUAGCUCAUCUGGCUUGCCAUGGCGAAGUGAACAACCAAGAUCCCCUCAAAAGCAGAAUAUUACUUGCUGAUUGGGGUCGCUGCUCUCUGAAUGUAAAUUCUCUUAUGAGAAUGACCAUCUCAAACUGCCAACUUGCAUAUCUAUCCGCGUGCGAAACUGCGGUCAACAGGGAUCCCGCAUUGAGAGACGAGGGUCUGCACCUGUCAGGUGCAUUUCAAAUGGCCGGCGUUCCGAACACCAUUGCUACUUCGUGGGAAAUCAUGGAUAUCGAAUCCGUUCAGGUUGCAAUUGACUUUUAUAAUGGACUGAAGGGCCCAAACGGAGAAAUUGACGUAAGCAAAUCCGCUGCUUCUCUCAAUUCUGCGGUGCUGCGUAUGAGAAACGCAAAACUGAGUCCUCUUGUCUGGGCCGCCUAUAUACACUUUGGCGUUUAG